AUGGUCCACGACAUGCUGCCUGAUGACAACGUACUUCCAAAGUCAACAAAUGAGUUGACAAGGUUCUUGAAGGUAUUUGGAUUUGGCUAUGAAGUCAUACACGCAUGCAAAAACGAUUGCAUUCUUUAUAGGAAGCAAUAUGAAAAUAUGGAAACCUGUCCAAGAUGUAGUUCUUCAAGAUGGGAAAUCGAUAAACAGACUAAUACUGUGAAAGAUGGAAUACCUGCCAAGGUCCUUCAAUAUUUUCCAAUCAAGGAAAGAUUUCAAAGGAUGUUUAGAUCAAGAAGGAUCGCUGAGGAGUUGCGUUGGCAUUUCAACAUUGCAUCAGAGGAUGGUACAAUGCGACACCCGGUGGACUCGAUAACUUGGGCUCAAGUCAAUGGCAACUGGCGAGAGUUUGUUGCGGAACCUAGGAACCUUCGACUAGGUAUUUCUACAGAUGGUAUGAAACCUUUCACUAUUCAGAAUACCAAAUAUAGUACGUGGCCGGUGUUCUUAGUGAAUUAUAAUAUGUCUCCAGUGAUGUGUAUGAAGGCUGAGAAUAUUAUGUUGAUGAUGCUAAUCCCUGGGCCAACUGCACCAACCAAUAAUAUUGAUGUUUAUCUACAACCAUUAGUAGAUGAAUUGAAGGACUUGUGGGAAGAAGCUUUAGGGUCUUUGUCUGGAUGUAAAGUGAAGGGGAAACAACCUUGUAAUGUUUGUGGAAAGGAUACACCACAUAGAUGGCUGAAGUUUAAUAGGAAGUAUGUGUAUUUGGGAAAUAGAAAACGACUUAGUCCUGGACAUCCUUAUAGACGUAGGAAAAGAUGGUUUGAUAACACAGUUGAGAAGGAGACUGCAAGAAGAAUUCAAACCAGAUCAGAAAUAUUUGAGGCGAUUAAGAAUUUCAAGAAUGACUUCAGCAAACCAUUGACUAGAGAUAGUAAAAGAAAACGAGCCGAGUUAUGUGAAGAUGAUGAUUUGCCGGUUCGCCAUAACAUCGAUGUUAUGCAUGUUGAAAAGAACUUGUCAGACGCUAUACUGUCUAUUAUGAUAAAUAGGGCUAAAUCAAAAGAUGGAGUCAAGGCAAGGAAAGACUUGGCAGAGAUGGGGAUUAGAAGAAACUUGCACACACAAACCAGGGGAAAGAAAAUUUACCUGCCGCCAGCAGCUUAUUGGUUCUCUAAGGAUGAAAAGAUCCGAUUUUGCAAGAGGUUAGCCAAGUUUAGAGGCCCUGAUGGUUACUGUGCAAAUAUUGCAAAUUGUGUUUCUCUGGAUCCUCCGGUUAUUAUUGGUUUGAAGUCGCAUGAUCAUCACGUCCUUAUGCAAAACUUAUUGCCUAUUGCAUUGAGAGGAUUGUUGCCAAAAGGACCUAGAGUUGUUAUUACUCGUUUAUGCAACUAUUUCAACCGGUUAUGCCAGCGUGUGAUUGAUCCAAAAAAGCUUAUUACUCUUGUGUCUGAGUUUGUAGAAACAAUGUGUCAAAUGGAGAGGAUUUUCCCUCCUUCACUAUUCGAUAUCAUGUUUCACCUUCCUCUACACCUAGGAAGGGAAGCACGGUACAUGAAAACACUGAAGACGUAUGUAAAAAAUUUUGCUAGGACAGAAGCGUGUAUGGCGGAGGCAUAUUUGGCUGAAGAAUGUCUUGCCUUUUGUUUAGAGUUUCUUAAGAGCACUCUACCAAUACAAGAAGCCAUCAACCGUAAUGAAGAUGUUGAAUGUGAUGAACAUAUCCUCGAAGGUCGUCCACUACAAAAACCGGUGGAAGUAACACUUUCAUCUAAAGAACUGCAUUUGGAAGAAUUGCAAGGUACUAAUUUACGUUGUGCAAGAGAUGAGACUUAUUGUUGGAAACUUCAUACUGACCGGUUUGCAAAGUGGAUAAAAGCAAAGAUACCUACAAACUCAGAGGGUCAUUCAACGAAGCUUAGAUGGUUAGCAUUUGGUCCACAACAUACAACUCAAAGCUACAAAGGAUAUGUCAUUAACGGCCAUCGAUUUCAUAGAGACGACGUAAAGCGAAUGACUCAGAACAGUGGAGUGACAUACGAAGUUUUUAGUAUGUGUAAAUCUAGUGCUCGAGAUAGUAGACAAAUUGCAGAAUACAUUGUUUGCCGCAGCGUCAUGCCGCAAAUAGUUGCAACCAUCAAACAAACAGAAGUAUUUGUGUUUGCCAUAGCCGCAAGUAAAUGCUGCAACGAAACCAAGAGCGCCGGUCUAGUAAUCAUGUUUUUACAUGACUACGGAGAAGAUUCACGUCAAUUGGUGAAUUAUUACCCAAUAGUAUUGUGA